CUCACACAAACCUGCAUUUAUAGACACUUCCCAGAAUCACCAGCAUACAUCAUUCUUUUCUUUCAUCAAAUUCAUUCAUUCAUAUGAUGAAGGCUCUACUAUUAUUUCUCUUUGCUAUUUCUUCAUCACUGUUUAUGGAACCUUGUUAUUCAAGCAGUGGAUAUUGGCCUCCUUCACCAGGAUACUGGCCAAGUCACAAAUUCAGGUCUAUGAACUUUUACAAAGGAUUUAGAAACCUUUGGGGUCCUCAACACCAAGCACUUGACAACAAUAAUGCAUUAACAAUUUGGCUUGAUAGAACCUCAGGGAGUGGAUUCAAAUCAGUUCGUCCAUUUAGAUCAGGUUACUUUGGUGCUUCAAUUAAGCUCCACCCUGGCUACACUGCAGGAGUUAUAACAGCUUUCUAUCUUUCUAACAAUGAAGCACACCCUGGGUUCCAUGAUGAAGUGGACAUAGAGUUUCUUGGGACCACAUUUGGAAAACCUUAUACUUUACAAACAAAUGUUUACAUAAGAGGAAGUGGGGAUGGAACGAUUAUAGGAAGAGAGAUGAAGUUCCAUUUGUGGUUUGAUCCUACCAAAGAUUUUCAUCACUAUGCCAUUCUUUGGUCUCCUAAAGAAAUCAUAUUCCUAGUGGAUGAUGUGCCAAUAAGGAGGUACCCUAGAAAGAGUGCUUACACAUUUCCACUAAGACCAAUGUGGGUUUAUGGUUCAAUAUGGGAUGCAUCAUCAUGGGCAACUGAAGAUGGCAAGUACAAAGCUGAUUAUAGGUACCAACCUUUUGUUGCAAGGUACACAAAUUUCAAGGCUAGUGGUUGCUCAGCCUAUGCAUCACGGUGGUGCCACCCAGUCUCAGCCUCACCAUAUAGGUCCGGUGGCUUGACCAGGCAACAAUAUUGGGCCAUGAGGUGGGUCCAAAGACACCAUAUGGUUUAUAACUAUUGCCAAGACCCCAAAAGGGACCAUAGAUUAACACCUGAAUGUUGGGGUUAAAUUAUAAUUAUAUUAUAAAGUGAAUUAUUUUAUUAAUAAUUUAAGGCCCUAAGAAAACCGUUUUUUGGUGUAAAAUGAGUGAUUUAUUAUGAUUUUAGUCCCUAUAGAAUUUUAGUUUUUUUUUUUAAUGUCGUUUUGGUUCAAAUAUUUUUAAAAAAGUAAAUGGAUUUGGUCCCGCGGAGGCAGGGACUAAAUUAUAAUUUUUAAUUUUGUGAGGACUGAAAUUUUAGUUAAAUUUUUUUUAUAUAUAUUUUUAAGAAAGCUUUUUAUAUUUUGUGGUGAUGACUUGAGUUGGGGUCCCCUAGCUUGAGAGCAACAUUGAUGAAAAGUGUGGACUUUUUUUUAUUAUUGUUUUUAGAAGGUAAAAAAAAAAGGAAAAUAAUGAAAAGAGAAUGAGAAGCAGAGGGUCAAUAAUUAUUAUGUCAGCUGAAUGGUGGCACAGUUGAGUUAUGAGUGCGAAUAUUAUAAGCACAGUCCUCAUUUUGUUAUGUCAUAUUGUUACUUUAAU